AUGACGAUGUCUGAAACUCUCUUGAGAACUUUUGAUGAAAGGUGGACUUUAACUUUCUUAACACCUUUUGAAAUGGCCCAAGCUAAUUUUCGUUACACUGGUAUUGGAGAUGAAGUAACAUGUAAUUUUUGCAAAAAAUAUUUUUUGGAUUGGCAACCGGGCGAUAAUCCGUUACGUGAACAUGUUCGUCUAUCAAAAAAUUGUCUAUUUGUUUUGUUCACCAUGAAGUUCUUUAACGGUCGUAUGUUAACAUUUCAUGAUUGGCCUGUCAGCUUUUUAAGACCUCAUGAAAUGGCCGAAGCUGGUUAUUUUUACACGGGCGUUCGAGAUCGUGUAAAAUGUUUAUUAUGCACGACAGAAUUUGGUAAUUGGCAGCAGCAAGAUAUUCCAUUUGAUAAACAUGCUUUUCAGUCUCCACAAUGUCAAUAUGUUAUUGCAUUCAAAAAUUAUAUUGUUAAGUCUGACAUAAACCGAUCUAGUUUAGAGGUAAAAAAUAUUGAAGAUCGGUUAGAUUCUGAAGGUAUUAUUCUAUUCUUAAAACCUCUACUUCAUCAAAAAAUGAUUGACUUUGAUAAACGGCUGGAUUCAUUUAAUAGAUGUUUGGUACCAUUGAAACACGAUAUUAAUACUUUAUGCGAAGCCGGAUUUUUUUAUUCAGGCAAUGGUUAUUCUGAUACUAUAACUUGUUUCUACUGCAGUGAUACUCGAAAUGACCGGGAUGAAAACGAAGAACCAUGGGUAGUACACGCCAAAUACUCAAAAAAUUGUAUUUAUUUAUUAUUAAAGAAAGGCAAAAGCUUUGGUGACAUGGUACAUGCCGUGAAAAGAGAUUUCAUAAAAUCCAAUCAACUGGAAUUAUUUAAGUUAAUUGCUGCAAAGAAAAAUACACUUACUAUCGGGCAAAAUAUGAAAAUACAGUCAACAAAAAAGCAUUUUAGCAGGAUACAAAUUACCAAAUUGUCAUCCAAUAAAAUUCAGGAGCAUAUUUUUCAACAGCUAGAUUCCAAUAUACUACCAGAUAGUAUGUUAUGCAAAAUUUGCUUUAAGAAUGAAAUUCAAGUAGCUAUUAUUCCUUGCGGUCAUACCAUUUCUUGCAUUCAAUGCUCAUUAACCUUGAUACGGUGCGCGGUGUGUAGAAAUCUAUCGUUCAGGUUAAUGAGAGUUUAUUUAUGCAAGGAUAUAAUAAAAAACAAAUAUCUCAAACUGAUACCAAGCAUUACUAAAAUGUCACCCAACAACACAAUUAACCCAAUGAUUUGUCAAGUUUGUCAUAAAGAAGGAAUGACAACAGCAUUUUUACCAUGUAGACAUGUCUACUCCUGUGGCAAAUGUGCAGAACAAUUACAUAAGUGCCUAAUAUGUAGAGCAGAUGUUUUUUCCUUAAUUAAAUUAUAUUUUUAA